UAAACGUUUCUCAUCGUAAUUAAAUUUAAAACGUGAGUGCCAAUCUUUGAGUUUCGUAUUGUUAAAUUAUCGAUAACACACUAGCUCGUCAGCUGUAUUAGCAAAUCGGAGCAAACACAAACCGAGGUCCUCCUAAUCUAAAGCCGAAUUCGUACGUGGGCGUAUAAAGAAAAAUUAAUAGCAAAACCCCUCCGAUUUUAAAUCCAAUCCAAUUCCUGGUGGAAAUAAUAAACUUUUUUUGAAUCUGUGAAUCGAAAUGCUUCCAUAUUUAAGAGGCCAAGGCGGCCAGCGAGUAAAUCUGCAGCUAAUGCAGGAGUCGGCUUGUCGUGAGCUGGUGCAACAGUUGGACAGCAUCGAUGGGCCCAAGGUCAUGGUGCUUGACGAAAUGAUGAUUGGUCCGUUGGAGCUUGUUACCAGAUCGAAACUGUUUGCGGAUCGCGGCAUUACCCUGAUGGCCCUUAAGCCAGAGCUACAUCUGUCCAAGGAAGUGAACAACGUUGUGUACUUGCUGCGACCACAAGUGGCUCUGAUGGAGUUACUUGUGGGUCAUGUCAAGGCCAAUGGGCAAGCGGGUCGGCAAUUUCACAUUCUUUUUGUGCCGCGUUGCUCUGUCCUCUGUCUAAAUCAACUUGACAAUAAAGGAUUUCGUAGUCACUUCGGGCGUAUUGAGGAAUUGCAAUGGAAUUUUCUUCCCUUGGAUGCGGAUGUAGUGACGAUGGAAAUGCCACAAGCUUAUCGCGAUGUAAGCGUUGAGGGGGACACAACUUCCUUGUAUCAGGCUGCAAUCGGAUUGGUCCAAAUGCAGCGUCUCUAUGGAAGGAUACCCAAGAUCUAUGGCAAAGGGGUAAAUGCUCAGCGUGUCUGGGACUAUGCCAAGCAGCUGGGUAGGGACGAGAAGUCCCUAUACUACGGCGAUAAGGGAGCCAUCGAUCAGUUGAUUCUCCUGGAUCGAGGCAUUGACUUGCUUUCCCCCUUGGCCACUCAAUUGACGUAUGAGGGAUUGAUCGAUGAGUUCUAUGGCAUAAGGCAAAAUAAGUUGACCUUGCCGGCCAACCAUUUCCACGCCGAUAAAGUGGGCAAUGGUAAAAGGGUGGGUAAUGAACACCAACAAGAGGAUGCCCCACUUCUGAGCAACGAGUUCAAGACCAUUAUGCUGCAUUCCGGUGAGCCAUUGUAUGGGGAUCUGCGCAACAAGAAUUUUAAUGAGGUAACUAAGUUGCUAGCACGCAAAGCACGUGAGAUUCAAAACCAAAUGAAUGAGAAUGCUACCGCCCAACGUAAGACGGUGCCGGAAAUGAAGAGCUUUGUAGAGGAACUACUGCCUCAAUUGUUGGCCGAGAAGAAUGCCACCUCACAGCACACAACUAUUGCGAGUCUGAUUCUGAACCAGAUCAGUAGCGAUGCAUUUACUGACGACCUGGCAGCUGAGCAGGAGUUUAUGGUUUGUGCGGACAUCGAUAAGCCAAGUGCAUAUAUUGAGGAUCUCAUCGCUCGCGAAGCGGAUUUGCGCCUGGUCUUGCGCCUAAUGUGUCUGCAAUGUGCAGCCGGCUCGGGUCUUAAGGAAAAGGUGCUCAAUUAUUACAAACGCGAGCUGGCCCAUGUCUAUGGCCUCGAGGUGUUGCUCACAAUUAGCAACCUGGAGAGGGCUGGACUCUUACACACGCAGACCGAGUCAAGGGCGUACGCUGUACUCCGUAAGACUCUUCACCUCACCGUUGACGACAAUGUUGAAGUGAAUCCAAAGGAUAUCAGCUAUGUACAUAGCUUUUAUGCCCCACUCACUGCACGUCUUGUUGAGCAUUCACUUAAACCACUUGGCUGGCAGUCGCUCAAGAGUCAAAUUAAUAAUCUACCUGGUCCCACAUUUGAGGAUUUUCAAGCUCCACUCAUUGGUAUCAGUGGAAGACCCAAUGAGGGUCCCAUAGGGUCGGCUGGGGGAGCUAUAGGAUCUGGCAGUGGCGGCAGCGGCGGCUCUUUGCUUCAUGUUCCUCGCGUCGUACUUGUUUGUUUCGUGGGCGGCUGCACUUUUGCUGAGAUAGCCGCUUUGCGUUUCCUUGCCGCCCAGGAGGAUAACAACGUGGAGUUUGUGAUUGCCACCACGAAGGUAAUAAAUAAGCACACAUUUCUGGACAGUCUGAUGGGAUCUUGAGGUCAUCAUCUGAGCCGGCGAGAAGCUUAUCGCUUGUCCAGCGACUGUGGCCUUCUAACGCGUGGAUGAAACGCGUCGGGACCUUUGAGGGCCGAGAAGCCUGGUAUGUUGGAAGGCCAGCAGUUGCCCAAGAGUAAGCGUAUAGCUGCGUCAACAUUGGGUCGUAUUGGAGUAUAUAGGCAGAAAAAGAAGUAGUCCAUCGGCACCGAUACAGAUAUUUUUCCAAUCCAAAUAUACAUAUAUACAUUCACAUAUAAAGUUAUAAUUAUAUGUGUUUAUGUCAACAAAA